AUGCCAGUGCGAAAGAUCGCCAGAACUGUGGCCGCGCUGGUUCUGCUGGCGGCGGCCACAUUGGUGCAUGCAGACGAACCCACGAAACCAACAGUGUGGAAGAGAGGGAAUGCGGGCAUUGUCCUGCCAUCAGCACAUCCGAGCACGGCCACGUUACAGCCAACCCCCAUCGCCACUGCCAUCUUUGCUCCAACUUCAAGCGUCCCGCUCGCUUCGACGUCGGUCGCUCCAGCGACGUCGGACAUUGCCAACAAAACGAGCGGUGUGUUUCCAAUUACAUCAAGUGUUCCAACCUCAGGACCGCUCAACGAUCUACCUGCACAAGGCGUGUUCACAUACGUUGACCCAACGUUUGGCACGUGCAGUCGCAUCCGCAUUGCCGAGAGCAUUCCAGUGGGAGAUUUCGACCUGGCGCCUCUACCCAACACAAUUGGCACAGCAGAAGCACUAGCACUGCUCUUCGACAGUGCAGUACGGCAAAUUGACAUUUGCGCGAUGUACUGGAACCUCCUCGGGGCUGCCGAUCACACUGCCUUCUCCCCCGACCAAAUGAAGGCAUUUGGCGCGGAUCGGGGCGUCGCUGUCCUUGCAUCUUUGCGCCGCGCCGUUCAGCGAGGAGUCAUGGUGCGCAUCGUUGGUUCUACGACGUUUGCUGCAUUUCCAGAGCUUGACGGCCUCAAUAUCCAACUUCGUCUGUGGGAUGCUGCGUAUUGGUAUGGGGGAGGCAUUAUGCACCAGAAGCUCGUGCUGGUGGAUCAGCAGCACGCAUACCUCGGUAGCGCCAACAUGGACUGGAAAUCGCUCGCGCAAGUGAUGGAAGUCGGCGUGCUCAUUGAGAAGACUCGCGCGAUCGUUCUGGACAUGCAACGCUUGUUCAACUUGUGGUGGCUCUGGUCGGACCCGCACCUCAUCGACGCGAUGGAUGCCACGGGUGUGUUGGCGAUCUGGCAGCCCGUAGACACGUUUGUCGAGAAAUUUCAAGCGGUGCUGCGUGUGCCGCCAUGGACGUCGUCGCUCGUACCGUCGGGAUGGAGCCAGCCGAACCCGUUCAACGCAACCUAUUUGACGUCCCAGUUCAACAAGGACAACGAAAUCACAACGGUUUGGAAUGGGGAGCGGGCCACUUCCUUUGUGACGGCGGCUCCUGAAGCGGCCACGUCAUCCAGUCGCACGUUCGACCUCGACGGACUCAUUUAUACAAUCCAACAGGCGAGGAAAACCGUGAGCCUUAGCGUGAUGGACUUCGUCCCGUAUGCCACCUACACCAUCGAUUCGCACGACCACGGGUCCAUCUACUGGCCCGACCUCGUCGACGCGAUGCUGCAAGUGGUGUAUGCCCGGCCUGUGGUCAUUCGACUCCUCAUUAGCCGAUGGGCGCACACAAGCGCGGUCAUGAUCAAGCACUUGAAGAUCGUAGAGACCCAGGCAAGGACGUGCCCGUGCGCAGGCGGAGCGUGCCUCGGCAACAUCACCGUGCGACUCUUUGAAGUGCCUGGGUGGGACGACACCGGUGCGAGCCAUAAAUGGCCUGCGUUCUCACGAGUAAACCAUGCCAAGUACAUCGUCACAGACAAUCGCGCCAACGUCGGCACGAGCAACAUGGAAUGGGGGUACUUUUACAACACGGCCGGGACGAGCUUCAACACGGACCACUCUGGGAUCAUCGACACCCUCCAGAAGAUCUUCGAUCGCAACUGGGACUCGCCCUACUCAAAGCCGCUGUACAUGUACCAUUAACACUGAUAUCUCCAUUCGCUCUAUCGUC